UCACGCGUCCGGUCAGCGUCUUCCGGCCGCGGUUCCCCGGCGUGCGGCGCUGCGUGGAGAUGCCCGUCCGUGGGGUGCGCGCCCACGAUCGCUCGGCAACGGUGCCCGCGCCCACGGCGACUGCACACAGCGAGGCUCUGGGCAGCAAGAUUAAAGAACAAAAAAUCAUUGUGGAUGAGCUCUCUAACCUGAAGAAGAAUCGGAAAGUGUACAGGCAGCAACAGAACAGCAACAUAUUCUUUCUUGAAGAUCGAACAAACAUGCUUUCUGAAAGCAAAAAUACAUUAGAUGAACUACUAAAAGAAUACCAAGCCUUAGAAAACUCGGAGACAACCAAAGUCAAGACCCAGUCACCCUGACUUCCCAGAGCCAUGUGUGGCAUUUGCUGUUCUGUAGGCUUCUCUGUUGAGCACUUCA